AUGGAAUUGCUGUAUUCAGAAAAUGUCAGAGUCAUUAUCAUUGUGCUUAUAUCUUUGCUUAUUGUGCUCACUGUUCUUGGUAAUAUUCUGGUAAUGUUAGCUUUCAUUGUAGAUAAGAGACUGAGAACUCAAAGCAACUUCUUUCUCCUGAAUUUGGCCAUCUGUGAUUUCUUAUUGGGAGCAGUUGCCAUCCCUUUGUAUGUUCCUUAUAUGCUGACAGGAAAGUGGAUUUUUGGAAGAUUUUUAUGUAAAUUAUGGUUAGUAGUUGACUAUACAAUGUGCACUGCAUCAGCAUUUAAUGUUGCUUUAAUAAGUUAUGACAGAUUCCUUUGUGUCACGAUGGCUGUAUUAUAUCGUUCCUUACAGAAGAGGCACAGUCAGACUGUUUUUAAGAUGCUUAUUGUCUGGAUACUAUCAUUCCUCCUAUACAGCCCGGCCAUUCUUUUAUGGGAAAGCAUUGUUGGUUACAGUAAUAUUCCUGAAGACCUCUGCAUUGCUGAAUUUCAUUAUACAUGGUACUUUCUUCUGGUGGCGUCAUCCAUUGGUUUUGCCCUCCCCUUCAUCAGUAUUUCAUUCUUUAAUCUGAGCAUCUACUGGAACAUCACUAAACGCAGCCGGAAGAAAAGACAUUCCUUGGCUCAAUUGGCAGGAAAGAAGGAGAACAAUGUCAGUUCAUACAUCAUAGCAACUAAUUUCAUUCUAGCUAAUGGAAAGUCAAAUGGAAAGUCAAAUGGACAGCAGGACUAUAAGUCCCCCGUACAGAGAAAAGUUCAUUUUCAUCUAAAAAAGCAACAAUUAGGAGGCCAAACCAUCUCAUCUAGUAAACAAAAUGAAGGUGUGCAUAGUGGGGACUUGCAUGUCAUAAAACUCUCCCGUUAA